AAAUUUCCAUUUGAUUUGAAUUUAAGAUUAUAUAAAUUCAUGCAUCAUCUCAAGCCCUCACUGAGUUGUCAAGGCAUUCCUCCAAUAUGAAAUUAAAUUUACUUUUAUCAAUUUUAUCAAUAAUUUUAUUUUCAACCUUAGUAACUUCAGAUUCUAAUAUAACAUAUACGGAAAAUGUAAAUAACACUCAACUUCUAGUAUAUAAGUUAAUAAAUUAUGAAGAUAAUACGGUAGUUGCUCAAAUACUUCGUAUAAAUAAUAAAAUUGAUACAAGUUAUGGGAGACUUGGAUACUUAGAUAAUUAUUUAUCACUACGCAUUUUUUAUCCCAAUGGAACUAUUAAACCAAUCGAUCUUUCGAUCGAUGAUUUGAAAAUACAGCCUUUGAAUUUUCAUAUUUUCUCAUAUAAUAAGGUUGAACCUGGCCUUGGAAUUCGAUGCCCUAUUGAAAUUUACGCCGUGAAAAGUAAUUUUAUAUUAGUAACUUAUAUAGUGGCUGAGGAUGCAAACAAUUCUUCAACGUAUUAUGAAUGGGCAUUGACACUCGACUUUAAUGGAAAUAUCCGCAGUAAUUUUAAACUGGGUCCUAGUUUCCUUGACGCGAAAUAUGGUAAUAUAUGGCUACCAAACGUUGCUCAAUAUAUACCAAAUGCUGAUAAUGAGAAGGGAUUUCUACGUUCAGCAUCUAAGGGUAUUAGCGAUGUUAACUUGCAGCAAUUGAUAAUAACUGAAGAUGGGAUAAUUAACCAGCUUGCGGAAUUGGAUAUACCUUUUCCAGCAACGAAUAAUUUAGUUUCAACAAUUGCGACAUUGGACGGAAAUUACGCGAUUAUUUAUUCUAAUAAUACGAAUUCAACAACAGACCCUCAGAAUCCUCUUCCGACACAAGGAGGAAUUUAUGCUCAAUUCAUAGAAAUUAAAGAAAAUAUAGUAAAAUAUGAACCGGUUGUCCUUUAUCAAACUACAAUUCCAUUAGUUUUUAAUUAUCUCAUCUGUAGUAUCAAUUAUGCAGGAACUGGUCAUGUUUGUGUAUCAACUUUUACUCUAAACAAUCAAGACAAUUCAACCAUUUAUUAUUUAACAGUACAAUUUCUUUCAAGAGGGUCUGUGUUUAUUGCCACUGCUUCUAAAACUGGUCAAAUCCAAGGAAUCUUACAAUAUAACGUUAGAUCAUUACGUUACGGAGGCUUUUUCUUUUGUGGUAUACAACAAUUAGUUCAAACUAAUAUUUAUGGUUAUGUUUUGGAGGACAACGGUAAUCAGAUUCCUUGGAACCUUAUAAAUCCCACUGUAUCAAAUAUUCGAUUCACUCAUGUAAUUUUACCAAACAACACACUUGUGUUUCCUCAACCGGAGGGAGGUCAAUCUUGGAAUUUGAUCUUUACUGAUUUACCUAAACUUCAAAAAGGUAAAAUAACAACUAAAAAAAAUUUUUUUUAGCUUUUCUAACUUUACAAAUACUACAAAUAUCUAGAUGCUGGUUAUGAGAAUAUAGUUAUCAAUGCCACAAUUCCAACAAUUGGUCAGCUGAUUGAUGCAACCACAACUAACUUCCUUAUAAUCACGUAUAAUCAACAAAUUGAUUUAACAAAUGGCACAAUCACCAUUUUCCAAAGUAAUGGUUCUGGUCCUGGGAUUAUACGUCAAAUCGUUAAUGGCAUAGAAAAUUCAAA